UAGAUCUUUGAUAAAAUCUUGCUGAUAAAGGAGGCAAACGUACGUUCCAGUUCAGUUUGUUCUUUAGAUCUUGCUCAAGACAAAGGCUAAGCAUUUUGAAACGGGAACCUAUUAGAGUGAGUUUCCUUUAGUCCUCUGCACAACCUGAAGGGCUAAACAAUCAGUCAGYGAUAUUGCCAUUGAAACGCAUCCAAGACUAUGAUUUUUAGAAUGUUCAAGAUUUGGAUUCUGAUAUCACUUCGUUUGAUGAUGAUGUUUACAUUGGCCAAGAUGACAGAAGGACUGGAAUGUAAACGCAGUUCUAGUGUGUUAAAUGGAACGCCUUGUCGACACAAUGGAGAAGUGGUCAGUGAUCGAAAAGCCUGUGAAGCCAUGUCGCCAAAAUGCUGCUCUUUUUCGGUGGGGUUUUUGAGCUGCUUCGUUAACAAGGACUACAAAGAAAACCAAGUGUGCAACAAGAAAGAGAUUUCCCUGGUUGAACAGUUAGCAAUAGACAGCGAUAAACAUGACGAGCUUUUUGCAGUUGGUCCAGUUUUAUCCACGCACCAAGUAGUUUCAGAGUUACACUGCCUCGAUCUCUGCUAUAGAAACCAUCUUUGUAAUGUUUAUAACUAUCAGUACGGCGGUAGACGAUCAAAAACCAAAGUAUGUGAACUUCUUCUUGAUGUGGAUACUAUAGGAACGAAGAGAGAUUUCAGGUACAGAAUGGUUGACCACAACGAAAGGAAGGUUCUGUUUACAAACAGUGAAUGCAAAGAAACUCAAGGGUAAAAGAUGUUGGUAGCAAGAAGGUCUGAACCAAGUAUGAUAAACUGGUCACCCAUCCAGAUAUGAACCUGUGGCAUCGGGCUUGACAAACUGUCUGAAAGCCUGAGAGUUUUGCCAGAGGACUAGCAAAUUCAGGAAUUAGCACAACAAUAGGCAAGACAACAAAGAGCCAGAUAUACUAGAUCAUUUUUUUCACUUCAAAUCAAUGUGCCUAGUGCGUGGUAGGUUGUGCAAGGGAUUAGCUGUAGAUAUGGUCUGGGGGCCGGCUAGUCUCUCCCCUGAUGCUUCGGCUAGAACACUAUCCUGCGUAAUCCGUGCAAACAAGGGCAGAAGGAUUUAAUUGCCGUCAGGUCCGAAGUCCAUACGUCGCCUCAGCUCUGCGGAUGUCUCGGGGGUAUGGCAUGUGGUAGGUGCAGGUUUUUUUGGAAUUAGUUAUCGAUUUUCUAAAAGUAGGCGUGAGUUCGAUUCCCGAUUUAGAUAAUACAUUUUUUUUUUUUGGAAUUUUUUUUAAGCAAGUAUUUUUUAAUGGCAGACUAUUUUAAAGAGGUAAUCGUGAAUCAUAUUUUACAGUUUGUUACAAUUUUUAUUGGAGGGAUAAGACAUUGAGACUACAUUAAGAUUAAGACUCUUUUGCUGUUUCGGCUCGGGUCAAUAGAGAAACAGUAAUGGCAGAAGUUUCUGCAUAGAAUAUGGCUGGCCGAGCGAUACACAGGGUAAAGGUGGGGCUGUAGAAGUUGCCACCUUUGAAUGUAUUAUUUAAAAAAUAAUUUAAAAAAUUAAAAGCUUGAUUUUACUUGUACUGCUAAGUUUGUCAAUUAAAUGAUUUAUUUUAUUUAUUAUAUAAAGCAGUACUGCAGAUAUUCUAAAAUUAUUGAUAUA